GAGACCGUUUCAACGUGCCUAAUAAAUAAUUCAGUAGUGGUUGUUUGUCUUCUUUCUCUUUUGUCACCAAACCUCACCCAACAUAAAACUUGAAAAUUUUAUUCCUUUCUUCCAUUCCUCUCUUCUCCUCUCAUUACUCGGGGAUCAAAUUUUACAAUCUCUCUUGUCGCCGCCCCCAUCUCCUUCUUCACCGAUGGCGGCGGCGGCGGGCGGUUUCGCCACCUCUAUUGCUUCUUCUACACAAUCAAAUGGUAACCUCCGCUCACAGGCUGUGCCUUGUCCUCAGAUUCAGUCGCAGACCUUCUAUAAACCCUUGGACAGUAGAAGGACAUCGGCUUCAAACCAAAGACUUUGUUUGAAAUGUGAAAGUGCGAGUCAGAAUUUGAGUUCAAUCCAUAAAGAAGAAUCGAAGAGAUCGAAUGUUAUCGCUCUUGAGCAGCUCAAGGCUUCUGCAAUUGACAGAUAUACAAAGGAAAAGAGCAGCCUUAUUGUCAUUGGACUCAAUGUACACACAGCACCGGUUGAUGUUCGUGAGAAACUUGCCAUCCCAGAAGCCCAGUGGCCUCGAGCCAUUAGUGAUCUUUGUGCUUUAAAUCAUAUAGAAGAGGCUGCUGUUCUUAGCACUUGUAACAGAAUGGAAAUAUAUGCUGUGGCUCUGUCCCAACAUCGUGGAGUUAAAGAAGUGACUGAAUGGAUGUCGAAGAUUAGCGGGGUUCCUGCUUCAGAGCUUUGUCAACACCGAUUUAUGUUGUAUAAUAAAGAUGCCACAAGACACCUUUUUGAAGUAGCUUCUGGGCUCGACUCGAUUGUUCUCGGAGAGGGUCAAAUCCUUGCUCAGGUGAAGCAAGUUAAAAAACUUGGACAAGGAGUUGAUGGCUUUAAUAGGAAAAUUGGUGGGUUGUUUGAGCAUGCAAUCAUUACUGGGAAACGAGUCAGAACUGAAACCAACAUUUCCUCAGGGUCAGUUUCUGUCAGUUCAGCUGCUGUAGAGCUUGCAUUAACAAAGCUUCCAGAGUCUUCAUAUGCUACUGUUAGGGUAUUAGUAAUUGGAGCUGGCAAAAUGGGGAAGCUUGUGAUAAAACACUUGGCUGCCAAUGGGUGCAAAGAAAUGGUGGUUGUGAACAGAACUGAGGAGAAAGUUGCCGUAAUCCGUGAAGAGCUCAAGGAUAUUCAGAUUGUCUAUAAGCCGCUUUCAGAAAUGAUGGGAUGUGCUGCCGAAGCAGAUGUUAUUUUCACAUGCACUGCAUCAGAGACUCCGCUGUUCUUCAAAGAGCACGUGCAAACAUUCCCUGCAGACACGGAAAUGGCAAGGCGGCUUUUCAUUGACAUUUCAGUUCCCAGGAAUGUAGAACCAUGUGUCUCAGAUCUUGAAACAGUAGAAGUCUACAACGUGGACAAUCUCAAGGAUGUAGUGGCAGCCAAUAAGGAGGAUCGCCUCCGGAAAGCUAUCGAAGCACAAGCAAUUAUUUCCGAGGAAUUGCAGAACUUUGAAGCUUGGAAGGAUUCCCUAGAGGCCGUUCCCACCAUCAAGAAGCUACGAGCUUAUCUUGAAAGAAUUAGAGCUUCCGAAGUAGACAAGUGUUUGUCAAAGAUCGGUGACAUUACAGAUAAACAGAAGAAAGCCAUUUAUGAUCUUAGCAUGGGUAUGAUGAAGAAGUUCCUUCAUGGUCCAAUGCAGCAACUAAGAUGUGAUGGGAGGAGUGACUGCCAAAAACCAGAAGAGAUGCUUGAGAUUAUGCAUGCUGUCAAUAGAAUGUUUGACCUAGAGACGGAGAUAAUUUUGGAGACAGUUCGAACAAAAAUGGAAAGAACCAAGAAGUGAGCUCUUCAUUAAAGGGUACAGCUCCAUUUUACGGCAGCAAAGGGACGUUCCUUACGAGUUCUUGUUGUGCUCUUACACAUUCAAACAGAAUAAUACAUUCUUUGGAUACCGAUUUUUGGAGAGGAAAAAGAAGUGCUACUGUCCUCAACAGCAGCUCCCCUUAUUUUUUUGGUGCUCUUAGCUCUAAAGUAAUCUAGAGUCAGGAUGGUAGUGAUUCAGUUGCAAAUUUUGUAGCAACGGAUUGUUGAGGAACGAGGAGCGUGAUUCUGUGUUCUUGUAAUUAUUUCACGGAUUUUAUUCUUACUUUCGAGAUGUCAUCCUAGGAGUUGUCUUCCAAGGUUUUACUGUAACUCUGUUCUGAUACGAGUCAUACGACAGUUGUUGGCAGUUUAAAAUUGGAAUAAUUGUACUAGUACACCACCUUUUCA